GGAUAUGUAGUUUUACUCAGAAGCAUCUCAUAGUUGUGGCGGGUAAGUGUGUGUUCGCCGUGAGUUUUGCCGUUAAACCGUUACACUAAAACCAUCGGUACCGGGCCGGCAGUGUGACUGUUGGACCGGAGAGUGAGAAGCCGGACCGGAGAGUGAGAGGCUGGACCGGCUCACCGGGACACCGGCUCGGGCUGUAGUCCGUCUGUUGUCAUGCUACCGGCAGAGAGUUGUUAGCAUGCUAGCUGGAGGAGAGCAGACAGCAGCAGCCUGAUACCGUUUACUGGACUGAACACACGGUAACUCCGGUCUGAGCUGACGAGGUCAUGUUUCUCCAGAAUGAGCUCCACCCGCAAACGCUUCAAACUCACCCCGUCCAAAUCCCAACCCCCUGCCGCCACAGCCACUGCCCGGAGCGUCAGACCGCCACACUCCAGUCCUCAGCUCAGCUCCCAUGAUGCUUUGCUGCUGCCGUUUCCUCCUGCAGGGGGCGGAGCUCAGGAGGAGGACGAGGAGGAGGGGUACCUGCUUGUGGAGGAAGACACCACCGACUCCAGCCUCAUCAUCACCAUGGACGACAGUCACGUGGAGGGGAAGGCAGCGAGGAGGAGGGCAGUGAGGAAGAGGAAGAAGAAGCUGACAGAGGAGGAAGAGGAGGAGAGGGGCGGAGCCUCAGAGAGCGAGGAGGAGGAGGAUGAAGAGGCGGAGGUAGAGGUGGAGAUCGACAGGCAGCUUGACCAGUCACUGGAGACCAAGUCCAAACAGCACAACUUGACCACGGUCAAUGUCCGCAACAUCAUCCACGAAGUGAUCACCAACGAACAUGUGGUGGCCAUGAUGAAAGCUGCCAUCAACGAGACCGAGGCCGUCCCUCCAUUUGAGCUGAAAAUGACUCGAUCCAAGUUUAAAGAGGUCGUGGAGAAAGGAGUGGUGAUUCCAGCCUGGAACAUUUCUCCCAUAAAGAAGACAAGUGACGUCAACAAGGCUCCUCAGUUUGUGGACAUCCCUCUGGCUGAGGAAGACUCCUCUGAUGAAGAGUACCGUCCUGAUGAGGAAGAGGAGGAUGAGACGGCUGAAGAUACGUUCCAGGAGAGCGACAUGGAGAGCACAGCGUCGUCCCCCAGAGGAAGUCGUGUGAGCAGAGUGGACGAUGACAGCUGCAGCCCCUGGCAGACUUCUCGGAGCAGCUUUAGGCGUUUGAGAGCGAGGCCUGUCUCUAUGGGACCUCCCCCUCCUCCCAAAGCCCCACCCCCUAGAGCGGUGACUGACAGCACCUUCCUGGAGAAGCUUCACGCUGUGGAGGAGGAGCUAGCUGUGUGCAUGGAGCCCUACCAGCCGCUGUCGGAGUCAGAGGAUGAGGUGGGGCUGAUGGCGUACAGAACGCGCUCCAAGCGUCCUCUACGUGAUGUCCCGCUGGGCCGACUGGAGGCGGAGCUCCGAGCUCCUGACAUCACACCUGACAUGUACGACUCCAGCUCCGCCCACGAGGACAGGGAGUGGACUGAUUGGCUGAGAGGCCUGAUGACGUCAGACAUGGAAAAUGAAGAGGAGUGUGAUGAUGAAGAUGAUCCAGAGUACAACUUCCUGGCUGACAUCGAUGAACCUGAUGUUGAGGAUUACCGUGACGACAAGGCCGUCCGCAUCACCAAGAAGGAGGUGAACGAACUGAUGGAAGAGCUGUUUGAGACGCUGAAAGAAGAUCUGGCGGGACAGGAAGUGGAAGAUGACGGCCAUGAAGAGGAGGAGGAGCCACAGGAGGAGCCUCACUCUGUUCUAACGCACACAGCUGAGGAGCAGCACCACAGAGGACCAGACGGAGACGGACCAAUCACAGAGCUGCGUACGGUGAAGCAGCAGCUGGCGUCCAUCAGGAAGAGACAGCAGACACACACACUGUGUAACACACACACACAUAGUCCAGAGCCGUACACACUGAAGCUGGGAGGACCGCAGAGGGCCCGCCUCCACCAGCAGCUACAACAGCAUGUCCAGCUGCUGACUCAGAUCCACCUGCUGAGCUCACCUGUGGUCAGACUGCAAAGCGAGGCCGAGACCACCCGACAGUUCCUGUUUGAGUUGGACCUGUUGGCUCAGAGGGGUGAGCUGCUGAUGUCAUCAGGGCGUCCCGGUUUCCGCAGCGCCUUCAGAGCCUCCAACCUGCGGGGGGCGCUGCAGCUGCUGGAGGAGCUGCAGCAGACUCCCAUCAGCCACCAGCAGCAGCACCACCCUCCGGACGCCAGAGGACACAUGCGUUGUUACCCCGUCCUGCCAACUGAACUUGCCUGGCUCUUCGCCACCCGUCUGGUCUUCCUGUACCCGGAGCUGCUGCCCUGCGCCAGCCUGGACCCCGCUCUGUACUGCCCCCGCAGGACGGCGGCGUUCACUGCAGCUGAGGACUGCCUCCUGGUCCUCGGCCUCAGAAACAUGGAGGGGUCAUGUGACCCGACGAAGCUGGUGUCUCAGUUCCUGCUGAGGAAGACUCUGGUCCAGGUGAGGCGGAGGAUCCUGCAGUGCUGCAGACCCGGUUCCCCUGACAACAUUGUCAAGGCCUUCAGGUACCAGCGGGUGUUGUGGCCAAUGAUGGUGGCGUGCCGGCCGGUGGAGCCGUCAGAGCAGCGCCCCCCAGUGGAGAGGGAGGAGGAGUCAAUGCCCCUGUGGCUGCUGGAGGAGGAGUCCUCAGAGGAUGAUGAAGGUCAGAGGAAAUGUGAGGACGAGGCGUUCGCUCAGGAUUACCUGCUCAGAGUGUGUGAUGCGGUGCAGGUGUCCCCAGGCGUCUCUGAACAGCUGCUGCAGCUGUUGGAUCGGUCCUCGGCGGCAGCGGCAGAGGUUCUGUACAACGGACUGAAGUGUGUCCUGCGGCCGUGGCCUCAGCUGACCAGAGACUUCGCCGCCUUCCUGAGUCGAGGACAGGCCCACCGCUGUGGGCUGCUGGAGGAGCAGCAGCUGUUUGAACGCAGCCGGCGGUUUCUGCGGCUACUGGGGCGGAGCCUGGGAGAAGGCUCCUCCCUCUACCAACAUGUGGUGUCAGUGCUGCAGGCAAGCUCCACCCCCCCACCUGAGGACAUGGAGCAGAUCUCCUCUCUGCUCAGACACCACUCUGACCUGCAGGAGGAAUUCUGGGAAUUCUUCAAGCAGCUUCACGGCCAGUCGUCACCAGUAGCAACUGGCCCAAAGACCAUAGAGGGGGACUGCAUAACCCAGAAUCCUCCUGACGGGAACAGGAAGAGAGCUGAGGCGUCUGAUGAGUUGGAGCGACCCGUCUGUGCCAAAAACAUCUCCAUGACCUCGAGUGGAGAGAAGGUCAUCGUCUGGACACGCGAGGCAGACCGCGCCAUCCUGACAGCCUGUCAGCAGAGAGGAGCCAAUCAGAAAACCUUCAGACAGGUCUCCACCCAACUGGGAAACAAGACCGCCCAACAGGUGAGCCGGCGCUUCUACGACCUCAUGAGCCUUUUCCACUCCGCCUUCCAAAAGGGCCAGCCAAUCAGCCGACAGGACGCAGCCCGGGACUGAAUGCGUGGCCAAUCAGAGACGAAAAUGUGUUCCAGAUGGAAAAUGUGUCGUGUUUCCGUUACACCCAGACAGUGUUACUAUAAGCUAAUAAAACGUGAUCCAUGAAUGUAUCAAUGACUCUGGAACAUGUUCCGUGUUCAGGAACGUGUUACUGGAAUGAGUUCUACGAGAGGGGUUAAAGGUCGGUAGAGUUCUUAGAUCUAAUAUGAGUCACUGUGAAACGCUCAUGAAUUUGCCAAUCCAAGGGUAUUGAAGGAAUGGUUCGCCUUACUCUGCCUCUGAUUUGCUUACCCUAACGUUGUUACCUUGACCUUCUUACCCUGACGUUCAUACCCUGACCUUCUUACCCUAACGUUGUUACCUUGACCUUCUUACCCUGACGUUCAUACUCUGACCUUCUUACCCUGCUGUUCAUACCCUGACCUUCUUACCCUG